AUGAAGUUCACUGCCUUCAUUGCCGCGGUCUCGCCCGUCUUCGCUAUUCCCCAGUAUCUUUCCUCCCGCGAGUUUGUUCCUCAGAAGUGGAUUGCCCCAGCUGAAGGCGCCUCUCGUGGUCCCUGUCCUGGCCUCAACACCUUGGCCAACCAUGGCUACAUCCCUCGCGAUGGCAAGAACAUCGACCUCAAGAUCCUUGAGGACGGUAUGCUUGCUGGUUACAACAUUGAGCACAUGGAUGCUCUUAUUCUCUUCACACAAGCUAUCAAGACCAGCCCCAAGUACCCGCUCGCUCGUAGCUUCGAUCUGGCUGACCUUGGUCGUCACAACAUCCUGGAGCAUGAUAUUUCUCUAAGUCGAUCUGACGCAUUCUUUGCCGACCCUAACCCGUUCAAUGAGACGGUCUGGGCCGAGUCCCUCACCUACUUUCCCGACGACAUAAUCACAGUCGAUCAAGUCGCCAAGGCGCGAAUGGGCCGUCUAGCAACCUCUAAGAAGGCCAACCCGGAGCACUCGCUAUCUAAACUAGCCGAUGGCUUCAGCUGGGGCGAGAUGGCUUCCUUCUUCGAGAUCAUGGCUGACGGCACUACCGGCACGGUAGAGAAGAAGUUCAUUGAGUACUGGUUGAAGAACGAGCGCAUGCCCACGGAAAUUGGAUGGCAGAGACGCAACACAACCAUGCGAGGUAUUGAGCGUAUUGAGUUCACUAAGAAGCUCAUGGAGGCUGGUGGUGUUGCCCGCCGUGAUGUGACGACUGAUGCUUACGGUCGUGACUUGGUUCAGUAA